ACCCAAUUGUGGUGUAACGCAGUACGAAAUGAAAGUGAAGACUGUGUACACGAGUCCAAAACAACGGGUACAUUUUUUUUUUAACGAAGUAGCUAAAACCUAAGAGGUAACAUUAUAAAUGUUGUUAUUUCGAUGAUAAGGAACUAUAAAAUGGCAACUGCACACCUCCCACCUCGCUCUUGUGACACCUUUGUGGCUCUCCCACCUGCGACAGUAGGAGAACGGAUUAUUUUUGGAAAGAAUUCAGACAGGCCAUGUGAUGAAGUUCAAGAAGUGGUUUACUUUCCUUCAGCAAGCCAUGAACCAGGAGCCAAGCUUGAGUGCACCUAUAUAGAGAUCGAGCAGGUGUCACACACUCAUGCUGUCGUACUGAGUCGACCUGCCUGGCUGUGGGGUGCAGAAAUGGGGGCCAACGAGCACGGAGUCUGCAUAGGCAAUGAAGCUGUGUGGGGAAGGGAAGAGGCCAGUGACUCCGAGGCACUGCUUGGCAUGGAUCUUGUGAGACUUGGUCUUGAAAGAGCCGACACCGCCAAGAAGGCACUAGAAGUCAUCGCAGAGCUUCUUGAAAGAUAUGGGCAAGGAGGGAACUGCAUGGAAGAUGAAUCCAUAUUUACUUACCACAACAGCUUUUUAAUUGCUGACCGGAAAGAGGCCUGGAUUCUGGAGACAUCUGGGAAAUACUGGGCAGCAGAAAAAGUAGAAGAUGGAUUUCGCAACAUUUCCAACCAGUACUCCAUAACAACUAAAAUCGACCGAGAACACCCAGCUAUGCGGGACUAUGCUAAGAGCAAAGGCUGGUGGGAUUGUAAGAGAGAGUUCAACUUUGCUGUUAUCUAUUCGUACUUGAAUACAGCAAGAAUCGAUGCAUCUGGCAGCAGAUACUGUGAAGGUCGCAAACUUUUAGAAAAAAAUAAUGGAAACAUAACAGUUGAAACCAUGAUGGACAUUCUCAGAGACAAAGAAAGUGGCAUAAAUAUGGAAGGUGGAUUUCUGACAACUGGAAGCAUGGCCUCUGUUCUACCCAAGGAUCCACGGCUGCCUUGUGUUCAUUACUUCACAGGAACACCCGAUCCUGCAAGGUCUGUUUUCAAACCGUUCAUCUUUGUGCCAAACAUUGAACAGCUGAAGAAAACGCACUCCCCUGCUUAUGGACCAGAAGAUCCAGUCAAGAAAAAGCCACGUUUUCAGUCAAAGCCAGACCGCAAGCAUGAAUUGUACAAGAAACACGAAGUGGCAGCUGCAAUUAUAGAGUCAACUCAGGAAAGAGGUGAGAAUAUGCUGAAGAGGAUGAGAAUACUGGAGAAAAAGAAAAUUUCAGAAAUGGAGGAGAUUGCACAGAGCAGUUUGAGAGAUUCUACAUUAGUAGUCAAUCUUUUUGCUGAAGCUAUAGAGGAAGAAUUGAAGGCUUACAACUAAAUUGAUAAAGCACUUUUAAUAGUUAAAAAAAAAAAAAAAAAAAAAAAAAAAUACUGCUAUACAGUAGUCAUUAACCCAUAACAGUUAUGUACAGGAAAUGAAUAAUUAAAAAAAAAAAAAAAAAAAAAAAAAAAAAAAAUAACAGUGUUUAAAAGUAUGUUAUUGUACAUAAAUAGAUCCAGCUGUUUUUAGUUAGGUAUUUAAGUGAAAUGUAAAGAGAGACCCAUUUUUCAAAGAAACUACUCCGCUAAGUUAUUUCUUGCUACCAUUAUAGAUGUUUUAUUUUGUUCAGAAACUGCGCCUUUGCAAGGGCUUCAAAACAAGACCCUAAGGGUGAUGUAAAACUGGCAAGAAACUUUAUUGGAGGAAGGAACAGUUAAAUGAUUGUUCCAAGUAUUUCUUGUUUUUCUUUUAAAUGUACAUUUCACCAAUACGCAAUGAAUUAUAUUUA